AUGAAAAUAUACGCCCCUUCUAAAAACGAAAAUGUGUCACUGCGACAAAAUAUAUUUGAAUUAAUCGUACCUCAAAAUAAGGAUAUGAGAUUAUCAAAUUUAGAACCACUAAAAGGGGAAAGUGAAUCUUUGAAGCAUUUGAUUGAUGAUGAAAAUCUUCCUCCAAAUGAAUCUCAAAAAAGUUCAAAUUUUCGAUUGAAAAUAAUUUAUAUCGGUAUAACUUUUACAAAAUACAUUUCUUCCAGUAGGAUUUCAAAUAACGAAAGAAAUAUUAGGAUACCUUAA